AGUGCUCUGCUCUGGAUCAUUUCACACACACACACACACACACCAGCAUCUGACUGACUGAGAGGUGGCGCAGCCCCUGAGCUCGGCGGGACCUGCGCAGUCCGCCGCGCACACGUUCAUAUGUCCAGACCUGUGGGCCACAAUAACUUCGUCCCGACUCAGCGCGCUGCGCACACACGGGCUGCUCUGCGCGGACUAUGCGCGCCCACAGCCCAACUUCUUGCGGGGACAAAGUUUUGAACCCAGGCGGGAUGGCGUCGCAAACGCAGCCGGACACGGGCAGUGGUGGCGGAGAAGAAGUAGUAGUAGAAGAAGAAGAAGAAGAAGAAGAAGGUGUUUGCCAGAGAGGAUGCGGACUCGUGGUGUCCGCCGGCGAGGAGCACUGCUGCGUGGACGCGCUGCGCUCCGUCACCGACGCGCUGGAGGAGAGGAGCGCCGCUCUGGAGCACGACGCCCGGAUGGCGAGGCUCAGGUGGAACAGGAGGGAGCAGUCCCUGCUGGCCCAGGUGUCGGCCCUGCAGGACGAGGCUCGGCUCGCCGCCCUCCGGUACCAGCGGAGGCUGCACCAGUACACGCUGCGCGUCAGCGGCGUCGCGGAGCGGAUCGUCGGGCACUGCAAGAGGGACGCGCAGACCGCCGGGCAGAGCCGGGAAGCGGCGCGUGCGCGCGCGCGCGAGGGGCCACAGGAGCAGGUCGAGGCGCCUGAGGUGAAUGGAAAGGAGCUGUCCAAGUCCAGCCAUGAGGAGACAGUGGAGGCCUUGUGUGGUGCCAAGGAACCCGUUGUGGUGCAGGUCAUCAGACGGACCCCCAGCGGCCGCCCCCAUGGCCCCCUUCAGGAAAUUCAUGUGGUGGAUGUGUGCACUCAGACCGACAUCACCUUUGAACACAUCAUGGCGCUGGCAAAGCUGCGGCCUUCGACCCCUCCGGUGCCUGACGUCUGUCCGUUCCUCCUCACUGACAGCUGUCAUUCUCUCCAUACAAUGGACCAGGAUUACUAUGAAGGGACGGAUUUCCUCUCCCCGGUUCCUGCUGAUGGAGAGAGGACAGAGGAGUUUGAAUAUGAGGAAGUGGAAUUGUAUCGACUCAACAGCCAAGAGAAGUUGGGGUUGACUCUGUGCUACAGGACUGAUGAAGAGGAGGAUGUAGCCAUCUACGUCAGUGAGAUCAGUCCAAACAGCAUCGCUGCCAGAGAUGGACGCAUCCGUGAGGGGGAUCGCAUUUUACAGAUUAAUGGCCAGGAUGUUCAAGACCGAGAAGAAGCAAUGGCUGCACUCUCCAACGACGAGUGUAGGAACAUUGUGCUGCUGGUUGCCAGACCGGAGAUGCAGCUGGAAGAGGCUUGGCUGGAUGAUGAGCACAGUGAGUUCCUGGAGCAGCUGAAGAUGGAACUGUUGGAAGAGCAGCAGAGAGAGGAGAUGGAAUUAGCUGCCUUACAGGAGGAGCAGGAGAAUGAAGAGAGAGCAGAAGAUGAUAAGCCCACCUGCUCCACACUCCCUCAUCACAAGAAUACCGCACUGAGUAUAAAAAACAGAGUGGAAAGCUCUGAGCAUAAUGUCCUGGCACACAUUCAGAGACGUCUGUCCAAGUGCCUGAGAGACAAUCGGGAUACACACUGUACCAUUGGCUCCACGCAGCUAGAGGACAAAGAGGAUGAGGACGAUGAUGAGAUGGAGGGUGAUCGAUUCCAGCAGCUCUUGGAGCUGAAGUGUCAGAUUCGGAACAGCGGUGAGUACGACCUGUUCUACAGCCGCCGCAGCACCAUUGAGUGCAGCAUGGGAGAGCAGGGCGGUGUACAGCACGAGCUGCGUAUGCUCAACGAGGAGCUGCGCAGCAUCGAGCUUGAAUGUCAGAACAUCAUGCAGGCCCACAAGCUUCGCAAGGGCCAGCAGUCUCCCUCAACAGGCCACGCUGCACCCUCCACCAAAAACCAAAGCCUCCACCACAGCGAGCCCACAAGGGGUAAGUUGGUAGACGUUAAUGAGAGGCUUGAGAAAUCUGACAAGGACAGCUCCAGUGCCUAUAACACAGCGGAGAGCUCACGCAGUACCCCUCUGGCAAUGGACCGCUCCCCGGAGCACUCGCUCCAGAGGAUGGUAAGUCUCACCAACCAGAGGAACCUCUGCAGCAGCCUUGCCACUGCCCACUCUCUUAGCCCGAGCCAAAUCUCUGUACACCGAGCUCCAGUCCCAGGCAAGAGCAGCAGCCCUGACCACAGCAAUCCUUCUGAGUCGGACCAUACACCUCAGGCUGAGGAGGAGAGCAGAGGGACAUUGAAGCCUCACGCUUGCCAGAUUCCUUACUUCUCUCCAUCCCACAGUUCCCAGCACAGGCAGACCAACAUCCCAGCUCAUGCCCGCCACUACCAGAGCUACAUGCAGCUGAUCCAGCAGCGCUCAGCUGUGGAGUAUGCUCAGAGCCAGCUCAGCCUGCUCAGUGUGUGCAAAGAGCCCCAGAGGCCCAUUGAUGAGCCCAAGAUGGAGUGGAAGGUGAAGAUCCGCAGCGAUGGCACCCGCUACAUCACCAAGAGGCCUGUGAGAGACAAGAUCCUGAGGGAGCGAGCCCUGAAGAUUAAAGAAGAGCGCAGCGGGGGAAUGACCACAGAUGAUGAUGCGAUGAGUGAAAUGAAGAUGGGACGGUACUGGAGUAAAGAGGAGAGAAAGCAGCACUUGGUCCGGGCAAAAGAACAAAGAAAAAGGCGAGAGUUCAUGCAGCGUAGUCGGCUGGAGAGCUUGAGGGAGAAUCCUCAGAGCAGCAGCGAGGGUCGCAAGGAAGUCAGCAUCAUAGAGCUCAGUCACAAGAAGAUGAUGAAGAAACGCAACAAGAAGAUCCUUGACAACUGGAUGACUAUCCAGGAGCUGAUGACUCAUGGUACUAAGGCCCCUGAGGGAGCCAAGGUGCACAAUGCCUUCCUAUCAGUCACUACUGUAUAAUAAACACACAAAUUCUACCCCAUGCGGUAUAAUAUACUUGCCUCGUUCAAUGUGGCGUUUUUAUGGAGGACGAUAUGAAUAUUUUUCACACUUUUUAACCCAAAAAGCAUUUUGUAAAGAAUUUAUCAUUGGUGUCAUGGCAUUUUCUUCAUGUUUUUUUCUGGUAUUACUUUUCACAUCACUCUGUGCAACAACAAAAAGAAAUUUUCUAUGAAAUUAUGACUAUAUGAUUAUUUUAUUACUUCACACUAAACAUGUAUCUUUUCAAUUCUAUUUUCAUACUUAUGUUGUAACCAUAUAACGGAUCAUUGUAUGUGCAUCUUAAGAAAAGUCAAGCAUUUUCUUUUGUGUAUCAUGUACACUUGUUGCCAAUUACAAAAUGCAGGGAAUCCAUAGGUAAGAUCUACAUGUUCUAUAAAGCUUACAUCAUUAUGUCUAACAGUCAACUACACAUCACAAAGGUAUGAUAGUUUUAAUGUUUUUAAGUUAAAUAAUGAUAAAUAUCACAUGCCAGUAGUAUUGUGUAAUUUUCUCCUAAUAUAAAAAUGUUGCAACUAUGGCAAGAGCAUGUAUAAUCUCUAAAACCUUCUGAAUUUGAAUUUGGAAUACAGUGUCAUUAUCAAAUGAUUUUAAGCUAACAAAGUUUUGGUAAUACAAUUAUGAAAUGUUUAUAUAUUUCAACAACUACAUUUUACUCUAAUGUUACCGUUAUUGAAUACAAAAUAUUGUUACACCAAAUGUAUUCCUGCCCUAUCAAUUACUUACAGUCCAGGGAUCUGAAAGGGAAAAAAUCUUCUUGAAACCUUUGAAGUGUUUCACCUCAAACUGCCAUAUCUAGAGAUUUUGGAUUGAUGAACAUGAAUUUUUGGCCAACAGUAAAGUUAGUUUCAUGCGCAAUUUUAUAACGGCAUCUUUUCAAUGUUGGAAACUCUACAGGGAAACUUUUCACGUGUUCUGUCUGUAAUUUUUGAACUUGAGCCCCUUCCCCAACAAAGAAACAACGUAAGAAGCUGCUACACUAAGAGGCCAAUGGAAAAUGCCAAUUUUGUCUAAUAUUUCUUUACCAUUCUUAAGGGAACAAGACUCAUAUCCAAGUAUGGUCCACUGACUGUUCGUCUGGUUUGCAGCUUUGGGAAGAAAAACAUUUUGUAUUCUCUUUUAUUCUGUUUUUAAUUUUUUCUACAUAUUAAAAAACUGAUGGACCUGCUCAUAGCUUUUACAUACCAGUAUUUUUACAUACUAUUUACUUUCCACAUGCAUUGCCUUAACAUCAAUUAAUGACACUUUGGUCUGGCAAACUGAUUUCAUACACAAACAAUAAACGUUCUCUAUAUAUCAUUUAAGUGACAGAGAGGUAAUACUCAGCCUUAUUCAUACAUAUAAUUUGAGAUUUUUUUGUAACUGGAAACAUUCAUGAAUAUUUUAUAAUGGUUACUGAAUUAUGUUUGUAUUCACAAACUGGUGUUAGGAUGAUUGCCACUGAGCAGGACUCAGAACACAGCAUAUUAGAUACUGGAAAAACUACACUGGUGAAAUUAAUGGGUUGCCAAUUAUCAGCAGACAUUAUAGUUCAGUUACAUGUACAGUAUACUAAUUCCAAAUGCCAAAUUUUUAACUAAAAUACUGAAUUCAAAUUUAAACCAACCCCUGUAUUUGUUUUGAGUAAAUGUCUAAUUUCAAGUAAAGCGUAGUUUUCACAUUUGUAGCCAGGUAAAAUGUGUGAUAAUGGUGAACGUUGCAAAAGAAAUGAUAAUAAAUUAUUGUUUUUUGGUAUAACAUGGCACAGAAUCAUGUUUUUUUAUUCAUGCAUUGGUUGAUACUAAACAGUUUGUGCAAGGUAUUGAACUUUGUAGUAAGAUAUUAGUUCUUGAAUACAGAUGAAAACAAAACUAACAUGAUACUGAAGCUCAUGCACACUUUGUUCUCAAUUGUUUUACACGUUUAUUUUUCACUUCUCUGUGACGAGGUUGGUGUGAACUGUGAAAGCGAGUAACGGCAACAGUCUGUGCCUUUGAGGAUGGUGCUGGGGGACAAUGGAUAGAGAAGAAAGUUAGGUAAUUCUGUCAUAUCACAAAAGGGGGAAAAAAAAAAAAAAGAAAACCAUAGAAAGUCUUUCUGCAGUAAAGCCCAUUCUUGUGAAGUGAAACUGAAUUACUUGCUCACUGAACACAUGCUCACCUCAGAUAUCUCAAGAAUGACUUUUUUCCUCCUCCUGUGAAUGUUAAAAUAUUAAACUCAAGGAGAUUUUAAUUAAAAUCACCUUCCACUCUGA